AUAAAUUUUAUCCCAGAAGGUAUCAAUGGCAACUCAAUCACCGAAGAGGAAAAGAUUCGAGCUUUUCCCCAUUAUAAAACCCAGAAUAAUCAAAAAUGUUGAGAUUAAGAGGCCUAAAAAGAGGAGGAUGAUCAGCCGAAUCCAUGAAAAAUUACUUAAGCACGAUGCAUUCAGCGUGAAAAUCAAAACUGCAAGUCGGAACCAAAUACGGCUGAUAGAGUCAAGGUGUGACUCUUCAUCUACCACAAGGGGAUUCACCGACCUUCCGUCGAAAAUAUAUUCCAUAAUCGAUAAAGAAAUGCCAAGGUUUGCUCCUAAAGGAGCUGCUAUUUCUAUGUCUCCAUGCUUGCUGGCGAAUUCCUUCUCUGUGGACUUCUAUCAACUCUACAAGAAGCACAUCGAAGAAGGAGAGGAGAUGAUUAAGGAAAUAUUUGAAAAACAUAAAAUCGAAGAAAAUAAAUAAGAAAGAGGCAGAGCUUGUCAACCAAAAGACAGCUUUAUCCAAAACUCUUGAUGUGAUUAAGGAAAAUCCUGACGUCUUUAAGCUUCACACCAUAGAAGAGGAUGCUGAAAAGAUAGCCAUAGAGGAAGAAGAGAAAAAGGAUAAGAAGAAAAAAGAAGUCCAAAAUAAGCUUAAGGAGAUUAUCGGUAAAACAAAGAGUGAGGAUAGCGCAUACAGUGUAUUUCACAGCAAGAAAUUUCAGAAUAACUUCUAUGACGCUCUUAUUAACAAAGAAGUCUCUAAAAUUGCGACUAAAAUUGUUGAGCAAGAGGAAAAACAGGCUAAUAAAGAGAAUUCCAUCAUGCAUGUGCUUGAUAAGUUCCAGAGGGAGAAAUAUCUCAGGAGGCGUAAGCAUAGACAGAAGGUCAACUCUCGCAUAAAGAUGCUUUCUGAACUCAAGACCUUUAAGCAAAACCACAAACAUUUGGUUGAUAAGAUAGGCGCCAUCACCACUGUGGCGAAGAAUAGGGAUAGGAUACGCCACAAAAUUGAAGGCGGCUGGGUAGAUAUUGAAAAUAAGCAAAACAAAUAAGAUAUUCGAGUCAAUCCUUGAUGAAUACAAGAUCCUUAAGGAAAAAGUGAAACGGUACAAAGAGCUUCCUAAGAAAUAUGGACAGAUCGAGAGUAAAUACAUGAAUAUUAAGGAUAAAAAAGAUUCUAAGGAAAAAUUCAAGGUUGUCCUUAACGGACAAGAACUUAGUGAUAUCCAAGUAAAGGAUAAAAUCAAUGAGGUCAAGAAAAAGAUUGUCGAGAAGAGAAAUUUCCCAGCCAGCGGAUAUUUUGGAAACAGGUCUAGGUCUUUAAGGAAAUCUGAUGUACAGAAAGUUAAACUCACAGGAGACAGGAAUAAGAAGGAUUCAAUACCUUCAGUUCGGAAGUCUAUCUUCUUAACCAAAGAUGAAACUGAUGAUGACCUUGAUUUUGAUGGUUAUCAAAGUUUUGGCAGAAGUUCCAGCAGAAACUCUAUCAUAAAUAUGAGAAAGACAAAUUACAGUGCUACUUCACAUAGUCAUGACUGUGAAGGUACAUAUCGAUGUGAGAAAUGUACCCAGAAGAACCUAAUCAAGGCAAAAAGAGAUAAAAAUAUUAUCCAGAUGAUAAAGAACCACAAAAUCGGCAAUGAACGAGCAAUGAAAACCAAUAAGUUACAGAGACUCAUGACUAACUUUGAAAGUGCCCAUCAGUUGCAGACUGAGAGGCAGAGCAUUAAUAACGAAGUUGUAGAAACUCUGGCAAAUGACAAAAUUGGCAGAUAUUAUUUAGUUCAUGAUAUCUUGUCAAGGUGUGAUCAAGCCCUUGGAGGAAAGUACGAGAGCAGUCCUACUAAGCAAUACCAGAGCCACGUUAAGACAACAUUGGACAACUUUGAAACUUCUGUUCGGAAAGAAUUCAACAGAAGGAAGGUGAAACAAAAUGAUAUGUUCAGAAGUUUAGAUAGAGACUAUGCUAACCGGUUUACUUAAUCUCUGACCUAGACCAGACUUCAA